AUGGAGAGAGACGUGAGCGCUGUGAGCCAGAAGCCUGCCAUCAACCAGGCUGGAACUGAGGAUGCCCGUCCUGUUCGUCGAGAAUCUGAGAAGCACAAGGGAACUCAUGUUCCAUUUGUACACAAAGACAAACACCCUGAUCCUGAGUGGGAUGGCAGCGAAGUGGAUUUCAGUAACAUCAGCAAGAGAAAGGUUCUACGCAAAAUGGACAUCAGGCUCAUUCCCAAUUUGGCAUUGCUCUACUUGUUGAGUUUCCUGGACAGGGGCAAUAUUGGGAACGCAAGGAUCCAGGGUCUGACGGAGGAUCUUCAUUUGACCGGUGCACAGUACAAUUGGUGCUUGACCGUGUUCUUUUUUACUUACUGUGCUUUCGAACCUCCAAGCAACCUUCUGCUCAAACGCCUUCGUCCUUCCGUUUGGUUACCCACUAUCAUGGUAGCAUGGGGUAUAGUGAUGACCUUGAUGGGUACAGUGAGCAACUACGCUGGCCUUUUGUCUACCCGUAUAUUCCUUGGGAUUGCUGAAGCUGGUCUCUUUCCCGGUGUGGCCUAUUUUCUGUCAGAGUGGUAUGUCCGCGAGGAGAUGCAGUAUCGACAGGCUCUUUUCUUUUCAGCUGCCAGCGUUGCUGGAGCCUUCAGCGGCCUGCUUGCCUUCGCAAUCGCAAAAAUGGACGGCGUUGGCGGAUACGCUGGCUGGCGCUGGAUCUUCAUCCUCGAAGGACUACUUACUGUCGUGGUGGGAGUUCUCUCCUUCUGGACCCUUUACGACUUCCCGGAUACCGCCUCAUUCCUCUCCAUCGAAGAGAAGGCAUGGGUCAUACAUCGGUUACGCUACCAAGGGGUCUCUCCUGAAGCCAAGAAGGUCGCUCAGGCCAGCAGGUUUCAAUGGAGAUAUGUGAAGGCUGCUUUCGUAGAUCCGCAGAUCUAUAUCGGGCUUAUCAUGUACUGGGGAAUUGUCGCUCCGCUGUAUGGAAUCUCCUUCUUCCUUCCAACCAUCAUUCGCGACCUUGGCUACACAGCAUCCGCCGCUCAACUCCUAACAAUCCCCAUCUAUAUAACCGCGGCCGCUAUUGCCAUUAUCAGUGCCUACUUCUCGGACCGCCACGGCCAACGUUCCCCCUUUAUCCUCUUCUUCAUGGGCAUGAUCGCCGUCGGGUUCGUCAUCGUUCUCGCCUCAACCGGUCGCGGGGUACCUGGCGUUGUGUAUGCUGGUGUCUUCGUUGCCGUUGCGGGGAUCUAUCCCGCUUUUCCUGGGAAUAUUACCUGGAUCAGUAACAACUUGGCAGGAAGUUACAAGAGAGCGGCCGGUAUGGCUAUACAUAUCGGAGCCGGAAAUCUUGCAGGAGCCAUGGCAAGUAAUUUCUACCGCACUCAAGACGCCCCGAACUAUUACUUGGGCCACUCGCUGGAGUUGGGCUUCUGCGUUGCGGGUAUUAUAGCCGCCGUCGCUCUGAGAAUCGGUUAUGACCGAGUCAACAAGCGGCGUGAUGCCAAGGGCACGGGAGAAAUGACUCAGGAGGAAUUGAGCGACCUGGGCGAUAAAUCACCCUCGUUUAGAUAUGUCCUAUAG